AUGCUUCGAUACUACUGCAAUCUUGAACGAAUUUGUGUGCGACAGUUCAACCGAACGAUUUCAGUGUUGGAUGGAAUAAUUGUUCUGAAAGUGGUCGCUCACGAUUUAAAUUUGAAAACGCAGCCUUCAUCCAAGCCAUGGAACGCUUCCCAAGUAGCGGCCAUGACAGCCUACAGUCUCAAACGAAACAACCAAAUGAAGCUUACUUCGCAGACCGUUUGCCAGUUCACGAACACCAUCUUACGCGAUUAUUAUCACCUUUUCGAAAAGACGACCAAUUUUCCCAAGAUCGGCGAAUGUAAGGUACUGCCAAAGACGUGUUACGUCAAGAACCAUGUGCUUAACUCGGAUACUAUUCCACUUUAUCUACUGACCGGCUUGUGGAGGUUAUCCAUAGUUGUAAGCACAGUUGCUGGUGGGAAUAGUCUAUUCUACGUUAACCUAUACUUCAAGGUUCAAAUUGCUGGUUAUUUUAAAGGUGCAACAUUUACUAAAAGAUUGGAUAUGGUGAAUUGGGUCGUGUAUAUUGAUGUUCUGAAGCACGCAACUGCAAUCGGUACGGUUACUAGGCGUGUCAAUAAUGAACUCUACGACGAAGUCAAUUACGAUGGCUCGACGUUGUUUGAAGUUCGAUAA